AGUGUUUAUUUUUUACCACCCAAAUCUUUACAUAAGGCAGUUUCCUGGACUGUUAAUAUUCAUGUGUGUGUUAAAUUUAAUUCAGGUCAUUUGCUAAAUGGUUAUUCGUGUGGAUAGAGGCUAUUCAAGUGUUUAGCUUUAGCAGUGGAAUGGAAAUGAGAAGAGCUGUCCUGUCCAUUGAAAUUAGACCACCCAUUAUCAUCACCUCUGGUUGCAGCACGGUUGCUGUAUGGUGACAAAGCUGGUGUACACACAUUAAUUAAGCAGCUCACACAUUUAUUCUCCUCAGUGCUAUUUUAAUGUGACUUAACCAGACUACUGGGUUUAGUGAGAACAUGCUAUGUCUGUUUGCCCUCAGCUUUUCUUUUCUAAUAACCUGACAGGAAAAAAAACAUAGUUGGGGAUUCCUGAUCUUUGAAAUGAAAUAUUAAGUAAUCAUGCCCUAACUUUGACUGGUUUGCUUGCAAGUUUAGGUGAAAAACUCAGAUGUUAAAGCUGAACUCUUUAGAAACAAUGUUUUCAAAUCAGGGUGACAGGUACAUUCAGCUUUAAUCCCAGAUGAUGGAAGAUGAGGUACUGCAACAUUAGGGUUACUUUGCUGUGUAAUGAAAGCUCCAGCUGUCAGAUUAAAGUUGUCAGUGUUAGGUUAUCUAAAGUCUGACAUGGCUGGAAAGUGACACUCACACGAGUUGCUGUAAAUAUGAAGAACAACAAUGAUGACAGGAGAACAUCGCUCCACUAGUCUGUCAGGUCCCUGUUGUGGAGGACUUCACAAGAUGUAUGUAAAGAAUUGCCAACAGAAACAAGUUAAACUAAAGCCAUAAAAAUGUUAUUUAACAUAUGGAAAACUGCUCUUAACAGGUCCAUAAAUCACUGGAAACUGCCAUUAAUCAUUUCCUGGCCACAGCAUGAGAAUAACUCUGGAAUUAUAUUUCUAGGGGGAUUUGUAUACAUUACUGAGUUCAGUGACCUUUAUCAUACCUCCUGGUUCUGUAUUACUUAAUUCAGCAUCAGCACGAUUCACACACUCCACAUUUGUUUUGGUUUCUCUUUCCUGUAUUGCUUCCUUUUACCCACUCUCAGGAUGUGUAGUGUUUCCUCUAUAAACCAAUAAAUUGGUUACAUGGGGUGUUAUUAUAAACUGCCAGUCUGAAAAAAAUGACAUAGAAAAACUCAAGUCAAGCCUCCCUUUGUGAUUAAUCGUUUAUUGUGACAUUUCCUCAUAUCAACAGUAUUGACUGACUUGUAAUAUAAUUUCCAGCUCAUAAUAACUAUGAUUUUGUUUGCUGUAAUGGGGUAUAAUCCCUGAACAAUUUCCAUUAAUGAGACAUAAAAGUUUUGCACUCCACGGGUCCAGUGAAUUUCUCACGUUUUGAAACCUUCACAAGAACCCAGGGGGAGGUAGAUGCUCGGAAAAAGUGUUUCUGGGAGGAGUCCCGUUUUUUUCUUUUUCUUUUUUUUUGCAAGAUGACACGUGAAACUUUCCUCAGGAGUUGGUUGGUAUCAUGUUUGCUGCGUGCUGUGCGGGUCUCCGUUAACUCGGCAGACAACCUAUAGCGAGUGAACUCCUGCCUAUUUUUAUCAGUCUGCCUAAUGGGGGAAAACGAAGGGGUCUGAAGAAACUGCAGAGGAAGGUCUCAACUGCGCUGCAAUGAGCUCGCAAAACAGCGCGAAGUGACGGAAUAAACAGUAAACAGAAGUCCAACGCUUUGCUCCAGCUCAACUUAACUUUGAAUAAAACGCAGUGGCCACGGGAGAAGUUGCUGCGCAGCGCAAUGGCUGCUCAGUGCGACGUUUUAAGCGGAUACCUGCAGCAGUCGGACCAGGGCUCCAACAGCGAGCGCAGCACCGACUCUCCUCUGCCGGGAUCAGAGGAGGAUCUGAGCGGACCCCAUCCGCUGCCAGAUCCGGAGUGGACUGAGGAGCGGUUUCGGGUGGACCGUAAGAAGUUGGAAAUCAUGUUAUUAGCUGCCUCUGAGGGGAGAGUCAACGGCGGGGAGGAUUUCUUUCAGAAGGUAAUGGAUGAGACCCAAACGCAGAUAGCCUGGCCGUCCAAACUGAAAAUCGGAGCGAAGUCAAAAAAAGAUCCACACAUCAAGGUGUGCGGGAAGAGGGAGAAUGUGAGGGAAGCCAAAGACAGAAUUAUGUCUGUCCUUGACACAAAGAGUAACAGGGUAACUCUGAAGAUGGACGUUUCCCACACAGAGCACUCUCACGUUAUUGGCAAAGGUGGCAACAACAUCAAGAGGGUGAUGGAGGAGACAGGGUGCCACAUCCAUUUCCCAGACUCUAACAGGAACAACCAGGCCGAGAAAAGCAACCAGGUGUCCAUUGCAGGACAGCCAGGAGGGGUUGAGGCAGCGCGAGUAAAAAUAAGGGAGCUGCUCCCUCUUGUGCUAUCUUUCGAGCUUCCUGCCAUCAUGCAGUCUGACCCCAGCUCCCCCACUGUGCAGCACAUCUCACAGACCUACAACCUCACAGUCUCCUUCAAGCCCCCGACCCGCCUCUACAGGGCCACCGGCGUGGUUCGUGGCUCACAGAAUAACACCAACGCCGUCAAGAGGGGUACUGCACUGCUUUUGGAGCACCUGGCUGGUAGCCUGGCAAGCACCAUCUCAGUCACCACCCACCUGGACAUCGCACCUCAGCACCACCUCUUCAUGAAGGGCCGCAAUGGAAGCAACAUCAAGCACAUCACCCAGAGAACUGGAGCCCAGAUCCACUUCCCUGACCCCAACAGCCCCCAGAAGAAAUCCACAGUCUACAUUCAGGGCACCAUUGAAUCAGUCUGCCUGGCACGGCAGUACCUCAUGGGCUGCUUGCCUCUGGUGUUAAUGUUUGACAUUAAAGAGGACAUUGAGGUGGAGCCCCAGUGUAUCACAGCACUAAUGGAGCAGCUGGAUGUCUUCAUCAGCAUCAAACCAAAGCCAAAACAGCCCAGCAAGUCUGUGAUAGUCAAGAGCGUGGAGAGGAAUGCAGUGAACAUGUAUGAAGCCCGAAAAUUCCUCUUGGGUCUGGAGAGCAACGGCGUGUCGUCCUCCUCACCCUCUGUGGUGUUGAAUCCCUCCACCAAUGGCCCGUCCCCGUCCCUCAUCUGCCCCGUUGGCCUGGACAUCCUGGCCUCAGCUGGCCUGGGGCUGAGUAAUCUGGGUUUUCUGGGUGCAACGGCACCCCACUCCCUCACCAACUCUGCUGCCCCAAAUGCUGUCCUCAACAGCUUAAACUCCUCCAUGAGCCCUCUGCAGACCCCAAGCCCCAGUACGCCCACACCCUCUCCCUCCCUCUGGCCCAGUUCACUCACCAGCACCCAAGGCUACUCAUCUCAGCUGAUGCUGCACCCUGCCAACCAGGUCACCCUGAGUAGCAUUCUACUAUCAAGUGUGCAGGGAUACACACAGAGUACACCGUCCCCUCCGCCUGGCCUCGCCCCCAUAGACAAGCAGCCCAACGGAGUCCCUGACUGCAACAAGGGCCCCUGCACUCUUAAUGGACAUGUCAAGCAUCCUGGCUCAGUCUAUGGGAGGAUAGCAACUGCGUCACUUGCAGAAACUGUUUUGAGUCCAGCCCCAUGUGACUCGGUCCAGGAAGCCAGUGGACACAAUCCAUCAGAACCGCUGUCCAGCAAGUCCAGCCCAGAUGAAGGCUCUGACACAUUUGUGGAAGUGGGCAUGCCCAGAAGCCCCUCACACUCAGCCAAUGGGAACGAGCUGAAACAGAUGCUGACUUCAUGCAAGACAUCAUCAGGGAAACGACAGGCUGUGGAGCUCCUGCAGGGCACCAAGAACUCCCAUCUACAUUCUGACUGUCUUCUCUCGGACGCCGAGUCGAGCUCGUCAGACAGUCCUGUGGCGGAUAAGAGGGCACCCGGGAGCGAGCGUGCAGCUGAGAGGGCAGCACAGUUUAAUGAGAGGGAGAGAAUCAGAUUGGGACCACAGACCUCCUUCGCCAACAUGCAGGCAUUUGACUAUGAACAGAAAAAGCUGUUGGCAACCAAAGCUAUGUUAAAGAAGCCUGUGGUAACUGAGGUGCGGACCCCUACGAACACUUGGAGUGGUCUGGGCUUCUCAAAGUCCAUGCCAGCUGAGACCAUCAAGGAGCUGCGGAGAGCCAAUCAUGUUUCAUACAAGCCCAGCAUGAGCACCACCUACGAGGGUUCCCCGCUGUCCUUGUCUCGAUCCAGCAGCCGGGAAGGCAUUGGGAAUGGCAGUGACUCUGACAACUGGCGAGAUAGAAAUGGUAACGGCCUGCCGAGUCACACCGAGUUCCCCUCCGCUGUCAGCAGCCCAAAGAGGAAGCAGAACAAAUCUGCUGCGGAGCAUUACCUCAGCAGCAGCAACUACAUGGACUGCAUCUCUUCGGUAACUGGCAGCAACGGCUGCAGCCUGAACUCUUCUUUGAAAGGCUCAGACCUGCCUGAGCUGUUCAGCAAGCUGGGUUUGGGAAAGUACACAGACGUCUUCCAGCAACAAGAGAUUGACCUCCAGACAUUCCUGACUCUGACAGACCAGGACCUGAAGGAACUGGGCAUCACCACCUUUGGAGCCCGCAGGAAAAUGCUGCUUGCCAUCUCAGAACUAAACAAGAACCGGAGGAAGCUAUUUGAGCCACCCAUCAGGUCCUCCUUCCUGGAAGGGGGCGCGAGCGGCCGCCUCUCCCGUCAGUUUCACGCAGACAUGGCCAGCAUCAGCGGGCGAUGGUAGGUGCCUCCAGACCUCCAGGCCUUCCCAGAACCGUCCAUGAUGGAAACCAGCCUCCAGAAUCUUUCUGUGCUUCAGCAGCCCAGGUUUCAGUGGUUGUUUACCCUCUUUCAGCUUCAGCUGAGUUAAGACUGUUUAAAAUGUUGACGUUGCCAUAUAGUAUAAAUAUAUAUUAAAAAGCCAUAGUUUUACCUGAAGUGCCAACAAGAAAAAAGGGAUGUUUCAGAUGAGCUUCAGUGUUCACUCCUUAUAGAGCCAUAGAGCCUAUCUGGAGCAUUUAUAUAUGAAGGUUGUUGUUAUGGUUCCGAAGAAGGGUACAGUCCAGUAUUUUUGUCCACUUAUUGUUUAAGGGAACAGGCAGAAUGAUUAGUACAUCAUUUUACACAUUGAUACUACCUGCAUUUGUAUUAUGCUGUUGUAUCAGUGACAUGCACUUUAAUAAUACUAGACUUUUGCCUGUGAGAGCCUAAUUCCUUAGAUUGAAAUAAUGAUAACUAUGCAUUUUUUUUAUUGACUAAAAGCACAGAUGCAUUUUCUACCAAGCCAAAUGUAAGCACUUAACCAGUGAGAUUAGGGCACCACCAAAUGAUGUCCAAAAUACACCAGCACACCAAAAUGGGACUUCAUCAACUUUAACACAUAUACCAAAGGAAAUUGUGGCAUUUGACCUUUGGCUGCCUUAAGUAUUUUGAUUGGGGGACAUUCCUCCAAGGUCAGUGUUUGUGUCCAACUGUCUAUUUGUGUGUCUUAUUUCAAGACAAAAAAAAAUCAAAUAUUUUGUAGUCAUAUUGCAUUAUGAUUUUAUUUUUAGUUUUUAUUACUAUUUUAGGGGAAUGGGUGGGAUGUUUAAUGUUAAUCAGUUUACAUAUGUAUUUUUUUAUACGUUCAUGAAUGAUUUUUGUAAUUAGAUUAUUAGUAUCUUUUACUUUCCUCUGCCCUUUAAACUGUGGAGCCGUAAUAUGGCUGUGCCAUUAGACAGCAGCAGAGACAAGAGGCAGUUAGGCUAGGCUUUGUAGGCCUCUCUCUGAUUGUGUCAACAGGCAUCUUUCUGUGGUUUUCCUUCUCUGUUUAUAGUACAUGGUCUAUUGUCUCAUCUGUUGUUUGUCAGUGUUGGCCUCCCUGUGGCCUCUUCUGUGUGCCUAAAAUCUCACAGAGCACUCCCUAUGUAUCCGGAAGAUGAGUUGCUAUGCUAGAACAGUGUGCCUUUUUUUUGUUCUUCCUAUUCACUGGCUGUUACAUUUAGAGCAAGGAAAGACCUCCUAACAAAGCAAGGCCAUGCCUUUGUAGCGAAAAAGUGCCAAUGUACAUAAGUAGUUUUUCAGCAGGGAGAUAUUUCGUUAAGAACACUAAUAUUUUUGUCUGACCAUACUCUCCAGAUAGGAGGUGCAUCACACAAAGAACCAGUAUAUUCACAGCCAAGUUGGUUUCAUAUGAGCAUUUCUACAAGAUACACAAAUAAGGAACCAAAGUCAUCAGAAGGACUGUGAGAUUUAAGAUGAAAACAAAUCUGGAAUUUUCUAGUAUCAGUCUUGCAAUCUAAUAUCCACAAAACCUGGUUAAGCAGUGUUUAAUGAAGUAACAGGAUUAUGCAUGCAAAGCAAAGCUCAUGUUUGUUCUGGGCCCUGAUAUUAUGUUCGGUCAUGUGUUUCAAAAGGAAAACAUCCUUUUCCAACCGUUCAUUAACUUUAGAUAACGGGGGGGGGGGGUGUUGUGUGAUGAUCUUAAGAUUUAUCUGAGGAUUUAGUCCACAUGCCGAUCCAUCUUCCACGUUUUGUAUCAAGUGCAAUUAAAUGCCUCUUUUUUUAAGUUUUUUUGUUUGUUUUGUUAGUUUUUGUUUGUUUUGUAUUUGCAGUUCAUUAAGUGUAAAAGCUGGUUUAAAUGAGAGUAGUGUAUAAAAUCUAUUAGGUAUGUACAGAACGCUCCUUAGAAAUUGUCACAGUUCAUGGUAUGGACAUUUAUCUGGACAAACUUAAUUAUGACAAAGAAAAAGCAGUCUUCAUAUCCUCUCAAACAGACCAUUUAUCACCUCUCUUUGAUGUUUGCAAUGGUUCCCUUUUAAGGUGACUUGUUUAUAAUGUUUGCCUUUAACCACUUCCCACCCUCCCUUGCAUCUGAUUUGAGCCAUUCUCAAUGUGGUUGUCAAGUUAAUAACACUAUACUAAAUAAUAUUCUGACAUGGUUGCCGACGCCAACCAGGUAGUUGUCUAUUUUCUUUUUUCUUUGAAGUCUUAAGAAAAGAGUUGAAAGGAGAGAAAGCUAUGGAGAGGGAUUCUUUAUCCUGAAUGGAAACCCGGGGCCGGUUCGCCCCUACUCAUCAUGGUACUACAUUAAAACUGUUGAGCACUGAUUCUGCCAGUGCUGUGACUCGUGUUCCUGCCUAGCAGACAUUUGUUUUCAUCCCUCACCAUGUUCAGAUGUGUUUGCUCGGAGGGCAGUAGAGGUUCUUGUCUUUAUAAAGUGAAUGUUGUUUUAAAAAAAUACUGAUGCAUGUUAUUGCAGAUUUAUUAUGGAUCAAUGAAGGGACUCAUCAAGUGGAAACGUUUACUGCCAGCUUGUCUUGUCUUUGCCCUUGAUAGAAUAGUUUCACAAUUAUGUCUUUGAUUUGUUGUAUUAGUCAUAUUAUUGUUCCCAAAGGGAUUUAUUUGAAGGAGUCUUUGUACUGCAAUCAAAUGGUACAUUUAUAAUAAAUGUAAACCACUAAGGAAAUUAUGUAAUACAUAACAUUUGUACUUUUUCAUCAUAUACAACUGUUGUUUUUGUGUGAGAAAGGUACAAUUCUGCACAAAGCUCCAGAGAAGAAUUUGUGUAUAAACAUUGCCGUGUGGCCAAAGCUCUGUUCACUGUGGCAUCUGUUGAUGCUAUUGUUAUUCUGACUGUAUUGUAGUACAGAUAUAAACAGGACUUUUUGGAGAAACUGUCAAGCAGGCAAAAAAAGUUUGUUCAAACAUUCAAAUGAUAUUAUGAAUGUAAUAAAUGUAUGCAAACAAA